AUUCAGUUGCUCGCUGUCAGCGCGACUCUCCGGUUGAUUAUGCAGUCCCGCCUGCUCUGUUUACUGUACCUGGGCGCAGCGGCUGCCCAGAGCUACUUUGGCAAUGCCCUGCUCGAUGGCCUUGAGCUGCUGCGACGUGGCCAAAGGCAAAUGGAUCUCGAGGCUUCUGAUCACCGCGAUCAGCUGCUCCGUGAGUACGAUUUCAUAGUCGUGGGCGCUGGCACCGCCGGCUGUGCCCUGGCCGCACGCCUCUCCGAGAAUCCCAACUGGCAAGUCCUGCUCCUGGAAGCUGGCGGACCGGAAAACUACAUCAUGGACAUGCCCAUUAUGGCGCACUAUUUGCAGCUGGGCGAGAUGAACUGGAAGUAUCGCACGCAGUCCUCCAACAGCUACUGCCUGGCGAUGAACAACAAUCGCUGCAACUGGCCGCGUGGCAAAGUCAUGGGUGGCAGCUCCGUUCUGAAUUACAUGAUGUAUACAAGGGGCAAUCGCCGGGACUACGAUCGUUGGGAGGCACUGGGCAAUCCUGGCUGGGGCUACGAUGAGCUACUGCCAUACUUUCGCAAAUACGAGGGCUCGCUCAUACCAGAUGCGGACUCGGGCAAUGCGCGGCAUGGCCGAAAGGGACCCGUCAAGAUCAGCUACUCAGACUAUCACACGCCAAUUGCCGCGGCUUUUGUGGAGGCCUCGCAGCAGGCGGGCCAGACGCGCCGGGACUACAAUGGGCAGGAUCAGCUUGGCGUCUCCUAUCUGCAGGCCAACAUUGGUAACGGCACGCGCUGGAGCUCCAAUCGAGCCUAUCUCUAUCCCCUCAAGGGCAAGCGACGGAACCUGCACAUCAAGAAGAACGCGCUGGUGACCAAGGUGCUCAUCGAUCCGCAAACAAAGACCGCAUAUGGCAUCAUGGUGCAGACCGAUGGACGCAUGCAGAAGGUAUUGGCCCGCAAGGAGGUGAUUGUCUCGGCGGGCGCCAUCAACACGCCCCAGCUGCUGAUGCUCUCGGGUCUGGGGCCCGCCAAGCACCUGCGUGAGGUGGGCAUCAAGCCCAUUGCGGAUCUGGCCGUGGGCUUCAAUCUACAGGAUCAUGUAGCGCCGGCGAUUACCUUUAGGUGCAAUAUCAGCACGUUGAAGUUAGACAAAGUCCUAAACACCGAUACGAUUGGCAGCUUUUUGCGUGGUGACGGUCCACUGCGAAGUCCUGGCGGAGUGGAAGCUAUAUCUUUUUAUGCAUUGGAUGCCACAGAAGAUACCAAAGACUGGGCGGACAUGGAACUCUUCGUUACGGGCAGCGGCAUACAUUGGAAUCCGGCAUUGCGACGGGUCUUCGGCAUCCGGUCGGACGUCUUUGAAGCUGUCUUUGGCGAACUGGAGCGCACCAAUGGCAAUGCCUUCAUGAUCUUUCCAAUGCUACUGCGUGCCAAGAGUCGCGGCCGCAUUAUGCUCAAGAGUCGCAAUCCGCUGCAGCAUCCACUGAUCGACGCCAACUACUUUGCACAUCCUUACGAUCUCAAUAUAUCAGUCCACGGCAUACGGCAGGCGAUCAGCCUAAUGGAUCAGCCAGCAUUUCGGGCGAUCAACGCCCGAGUGCUGGAGACGAAGCUGCCCGCCUGCCGCCACCACGGCCCCCAGACCGAUGCCUACUGGGCGUGCUAUGCGCGUCAUUUCACCUUCACGAUCUACCACUAUUCCGGCACGGCCAAAAUGGGACCACGCAGCGAUCCCAGCGCCGUGGUGGACGCCCGCCUGCGCGUCCAUGGCAUCAGCAAUCUGCGAGUGGUGGAUGCCAGCAUAAUGCCCUAUCUAGUUGCAGGUCAUCCCAAUGGGCCAGUCUUUUUAAUAGCCGAGAAAGCCGCCGACAUGAUCAAACAGGAUCACAACUACACCUAGGAACUAGAUAAUAGAUAUAUAUACAUAUAUAUAUACCAAAGUCGUGCUCGCAAUGCCUGUUCAAGGGACAAAUCAUAAAGGAAAUCAGGCCAAGUCUUGGGAAAUUUGUGAUAUUAGAGAAAGAUUGUAAAAACAUAAAAAGUUGUUACAUUUAUAAGGGUUAACUAAUAAAUAAAAUA